AUGCCAAAUGAUCAGUCUCUCGUCCUCCCCGACGGACGCACCCUCAGCUACACCACGUUCGGCGUCACGCCCCGACCAGAUCAGCCGACCAUCUUCCAUUUCCACGGCCUCCCCGGCUCUCAUCAUGAAGGCCAACCCAUCCACGAGGCAGCCGUGAAGUGCAACGUCUGCGUCGUCGCCGUGACCCGCCCAGGCUACGGCGGCUCAACUUUCCAACCGAACCGGACCAUACUCUCCUUCCCCCAGGACGUCCUCCGCCUCGCAGACCAUCUGAACAUCGAUCGCUUUGCGGUCCUGGGCGUCUCUGGCGGCGGGCCGUACGCCCUCGCCUGUCUUCACUCAAUCCCGUCGACUCGCUUGGCCGGCGCCGCGAUCGUCUCGGGCAUGUACCCGACGAAACUCGGCCUCGGUAGCAUGAUGCUCCUCAACCGCGUCCUCUUCACCCUGGCGCCCUGGGUGACAUGGCUCGUGGAGAUGGUCGCUGAGUGGGAAAUGGGGAACGUGGCCCGGGACGUGAACCACCCGGAACGGCUUGCGCAGUCGGUGGUCGAGAGCUUUAAGAGCCGACCGAUCGAGGACCAGGAGGCGCUCUUUGCCGACGACGGCAGGAUCCUGAGCGCCCUGGUGCAGAGCACCCGCGACGCGGUGCGCGAGAGCUGUCGGGGCUUCGCAUGGGAGGCGAGGCUGUUCGGAAGCCCGUGGGGGUUCGAGCUGGGGGACUUGGUGGUCGAGAAGGGGAGGUUGGUGAUAUGGCACGGCGGCAAGGAUAUCAACGUCCCUCGCCGGAUGGCUGUGGAGGCGGCGGAGGCGAUUCCGGGCGCUGAGCUGAGGAUCGACGAGGACGAGGCGCAUGUGAGCCUGUUGGCUCACAGGACGGACAACAUCAUCGCCGCGCUAACGCAGAUGCUGAGAAAAUGA